AUAAAAGAGAAACGUAAAAAUCGAAAAAGAAAGUAGCCUGCCAGCCGCCUGCCAACAACUUUCGAUUUAACAAGAGAAAACAAAUGAGCAAAAAAAAAUUAGUGUGGCCACUGUGAGACAGAUACCACUCUGCCUGUCAUUAGUGGCAUAUAACUACGUGAAGUACUGACUUCAAAAGCAAUGUUUUAUGACUAUCAGUCCUUUAAGGUGUGAGCAGCAUCAGUGUUCUCAGUUCUUUGGACACUUGCACAUCAUUGGCCUGGAUGGCCAUGAAGAAGGUGUUAACUCUUGUCUUUGUACGAGAACCUGGGAGGAUAUUACUUGGAAUGAAAAAGAGAGGAUUUGGUCAAGGUCGAUGGAAUGGCUUUGGAGGAAAAGUUGAAAAGGGAGAAUCCAUCACAGAUGGUGCAAAGAGAGAACUGCUGGAAGAAUGUGGUGUCACAGCCAAGUCUCUGAAUGAAGUUGGACUCAUUAACUUUGAAUUUGUUGGUGACCCUGUUAUCCUGGAGGUUCAUGUAUUUGACACAUGGGACUACAUGAACAGUCCAGUAGAGACUGAAGAAAUGAGACCUCAGUGGUAUGGUGAAAAGGAGGUUCCUUUUGGUGAGAUGUGGCCAGAUGACGAGUACUGGUUUCCCCACAUGCUAAAUGGGAAAAAGUUUGAAGCUUACUACAAGUUUGAAGGAAUGGACAAAAUAUUGGAUUCAUGGAUAAAAGAAAAAACAGAGCAGACAAGUUGACCAUGUGUGUGAAUUUUAACAUAUCUUGUUGUAUUAAUAUAGAAAUAUUAUUCAGGUAUUAUUUAUGUUGAAUUUUUAGAAAAGCUUUAUGUAUGUUGAUUUUGGAUUAACUUGUUGUAUGUGAUGUCAAAAAUGCCCUUUUCUUUUGUGGUCCAGGCUGGAGACUGCCUCUUUUGAAUGCAGUUUAUUUUUUUGUCUUUCAUUUAUGUUUUUGUUCGUCAGCUUUUGGACUAUAUAUGAUAUAUGCCAUGCUACUGAACGAAAAUGAUUUGUCCUAAUGUGUUUCUGCUUUCCUUGACACUGUUCUUUUCUUUCUCAACUUUCUGCCCAACAUUAUUUUCAUAAUGGUUGUCAUGAACAGAGUUUCUGUUUCUGUACCGGUACUUUAGUCUUUAGUUGCAAAUUGUAAGUGCACCUCUAAGUCUAAGGCUUUAGGUCCAUCAUGCAUUUAUAUCAAGUACCAGUAAAUCAUAUUAACUCACUUCAGACGGGUCACACAACAGUUGCGUGACCCCCGCCGCGACGCUCGCGACGGGUCUCACAAGCCCU